GAAGACAGGAAGAGGGCGCAGAUCUGCUCGUUCCGUUUUUUGCGCAAAAAACACGAAAUGCGGUACUUGCAGCUGCGGUUCAAACCGCCGAGAGUUGUCGUGGAAGGUGCUGGUAAAAAUGCACCUGCUGCGGGGAGCGAGAUGAAUAAUACAGGAGACUACACAAAGAAAAAUAAUCCGCAAGACGAAGACGACGGCCAGAGAACAAAACCGCCUUCGUUUCUGGAAAAAAUCGGCAUCGAGCUGGAUCACAAGUAUGCACUGCAAAAAUGUCUGGGUCUGGAAGGUUGGAAGCUGUCAUGCUAAAUCUGCAUCAUGCAAAAAUCUGUGUUGCAUGAUUACCAAAUGCUGUCCCCUUUUGAUCAAGUUCAGAGGCAGUUUCCCAUGCAGGAUAGGCAUGAUAGUGAUCUCACGGAAUCUGUCAUGCUAGGUCCCGCAUUCCAGACCUCAUGGGUCAUGGAAAAUCAGCAUGACAACUUUACAUUCUUCCAGACCCAGACAUAUUUGCAUUUGAUAACAAGUGCCGGAUCACGAAGAUUUUCAAGAACACGCCCGCGGCGCGGAGACAUUUGCGUGCGGGGGACGAGUUAUGACAGUGCACAACUCCCCCUCUCCCUCAUUUGUAUAGCAUGAACGGCAAUACAAGCAGCAGCAACAGUGCCGGCUUUGCAUGACAAAUUUUCACUGUAGUGUAGUGCUGUUUGAGCUUCCAGGAUUUGUCGUGCAACCAGUGCUACAAGGCAGCACCUGGAUUUGGGAUUUUGCAUUACGAAUGAGGGGGAGGGGGAGUUGUGCACUGUCAUACGAGUUGAUGGGAUUAUCACACGGCUACAAGGACAACUUCGUGCUGGAUUUUUUCUCCAUCAAAGAGAUGCUGGACAACGCGGAACACGAGCAGAAAAAGAUCGAUUUUCUCUUCUUCCGCGGCGACAAAGGUUACGCCCCGUGGACGCGAGCGUGGGGCGUGAAUUGCGACAAGGAGCACUGCUCGCCGCUUUUUGUGUUGGCGAAGAGAGCCGGCUUGGCGCUGAAAAAGGUGGAAAGGAAGGAGAGGGCCGUUGAAGACGUGGACGGGAAAACAGGAGAACCGGGUGGGAUUGAAAAUCUUGAUGGAACAGGAAAUCCGGUGGAUGUUGAAGAUGUUGAUGACGAAGGGUCAAUCGACAAACUGUCGUCCAGUAGCUACUCAUCGAAUUUAAUACCAACUGAGGAGGUGCAGCGCCGCCGCUUACUGCGGUUGUCCCGGCCAAUAUGGAUUUUUGCGCACGAGAGAGAAGAAAAAGAAAAACUUCGAAAGGAUAAAACAAGCGGACGUGGAGGUGGUAGUGUUGCAAAAAAAGCAGGUACAACACCGGCGGAUGAAACAAAAACACAAACAGGCUCCUGGGCGCGUACAUCAAGUAGAAGACAAGCCGAUCUUGAUGAGCACGUCAAUAAUGAACUUCCUGAAGAUGAUUUCAACUUGAUGUCUAAAAACGCGAACUUUCUCGACGCCUUCCCCGGGUUGGAAAAAGCCUUGGAAAAAAGGUUCGAACAGAUGACCGCACUUUUAUCCUGUGCAAAAGUAUCGUACUCGUAGAAAUGCAAGUCUUGCAUUACAAAUCUUGUUCCAAAGGCAAAUCCGCAUGACAACUUACAUUUCUCGUGCUGAGAAAAUUUGUAAUCGCAAUUAUUUAUUACGAUGCUUUUUGCACUGCAUAACUUUCCGACUCGGACCACGAAGAGCAGGCUCGGUUGCUGGAGAAACGGAUUCUCGCGGGUGAUGAACAGGACGAGGAAAUCGACGAAAACGACGGAGCAGGAGAAUCCCCAGCUACUAGUCCGGCGGACCACUUCAGUGCGCUGCAGGCUCGGAAGGGCGAGAAAGGCGCUGGGAAGUCGAAGACAAAAGACUCGGUUGCGUUAGGGUUGGAGAACAACACGAACGAGCUGCUGACGAAGGUUUUGGACGAGGGCGCAGACGAGGGCAAGGCCGAAGAUUCGGAGGGCGAGGAGAUCCGGCAAUAUCAGAGUGGUGCACAGCUCCUGUAGUUGCCCAGGGUUUCUUUCCCCUCAUUUGAAAGGCAUCAACAGCAAGAAUGAACAGGGACCCAUCGGUCCGAAAUGUUUCUUAUUGCAUCACAGAUUUCCACGAGGCGAAGGCGCCAUCAACUCUAGUAUGGUUUGAGUGGCCCGCCAGCCCGUCAUAGCCAUGCGAGGUGGUAGUGCUACAAGGUGCCAAAUAUUAAAGCAGGAGGUCUUGCGUUUUCGUAUGACAAAUGAGGGCAGAGAUGAGGGGGAGGUAGUCGUAGUUGUGUGCACCCUCAUACGCAGCUUACCGAGGACAUGAUGCCGUUUGAAGAAAAUGCCGCCGAAAGACAAGCGCUUCGGGAAAAGAUCAAGGAGAAGCAGGCGGAUAUCAAGUGCAAAAAUGUCUGGGUCUAGAAGGAUGCCAGGUCUGUCAUGCACAUUUUGCAGGACUCCUGAUGUCUGUGAUGCAUGCCCUAGCGUCACACGUUCUACGACGGCUUCCUGAUUCCUAUACCGCAUCAGAAAUACCCUCUCGCCAUGGGAAAAACUGGACCUCUUUUGCUGCUCAUGCAAUAGUAUUACAUGAGCAGCAAAAGUGGAUUUCGAUUCUUACAAGAAAUCUGUAUUAUACAGAUUUCUUGUAAGAAUCGAAAUCCAGCAUCACAAGUUGCAUCCUUCCAGACCCAGACAUUUUUGCAGUUGAUAGCAGAGCUGCAGGAGCAAAUCCAGGAGUUGAAUUACUUCUAUGACACUGCACAACUCAUCCUCCCCCUCAUUUCCAUUCGUUAUUUGUCAUGCAAAAACCCAAAUCCAGUUGCUACCUUGUGGCACCGCGUGCAAGCAUGACAAAUUCCGGAAAUCCAAACAGUACUACACUCGGCGCAUGAGCUAUGUCAUCCACAGGGUGCACCUGUACUGGUGUUUGUAAUGCUGUUGAUGCCAGACAAAUGAGGGGGAGGGGGAGUUGUGCUUCUUUCAUAACUUCGAGCGCCAGAAGACGAACUUUGAAGUGUUGAAGCUAAAGCCGCAGGCGAAGGACUUUGCGAAAAAGGCGGAAAAAGCGAGGAAGAAGGUCUUAAAACUGGAGUUGAAAGUCGGUAUUUUGGUUUCCGACCUGGACGCCUUGCGGCGGGGGCUGUUGGAGAAACAAUUGGAGUUGCAGGAGCAGCAGACGGAGUACGCGGAAAAUUACGAGUACGCCGUGGACGAGAAAACUGGCGAAUUUCUGGCGCAAGAGUAUGAACUGCAAAAGUAUCGUACUCGUAGUAAUUGUUGUGAUGCAUGACAAAUUUCCUAUCUUAUGUGAAUCAGCAUUACAAAUUCUAUUUUUCUUCUUGGAAAAAUUUGUCAUGCUAUUCCUACUAGUUCUUUACUUUUGCAUUGCAUAAAGAGCCUGCGGAACCCAAAUCCGAUAUGGACAUCGCGUUACUGCUCAGCUUGGACGAUCUAUCCCACGAUGAAAAAAUUGCUUGCCUGUAGUGCUGAAAGAAGAUGACUUUGGAGGACUCCAACUCGCAUGACAAGUUUGUUGCGCAUCUUGACCACAGGGAACAAAAUCUACCGUGCGUGCUGGCUCUUGUUAUGGGAAUGAAACACGAGUAAAAAAAAUCCCACCCUUCAUGCGUUUAUUCUCACAAGAUGGCGGUCACAUGUUGAUGUUCGUAUACAUCCUGGCUGCGCAUCAUCAACAGAAGUCAUUUACAGUGAAGCUGGUUUUUCAGUGGGAUACGCCUUGGGCGGCGCCGAGUCCGUGAAGACCUGGGAGAGAAUGAAAAUCGCGGAGAGAGCGCGAAAACGGAAGCAGAAGCGAGAUGUGGUAGAGUCCCGCGUCAAAUUUUUCGAAAAGGCGAAAAAACUGCAGAACAUGCUGGAGGAGGCGCGACAGCUCAUUUUGCAGCGCACGGACUUGACCGAAGAGGCGCGCGAAAAACUUCUGCUGCAGAAAGACGAGGAGAUCUUUGAUUUGGAGCAGAAGAUCUUCGAAGAAGUCCGGUCUCGGGAAGACCUCUCCGGCUUCAUGGAAGGGGCGCUGCUGUUGACUUUGCAGGACGUGGCAGACAAGUCGAACGACCCGGGCCUGGUCCGGCGACUGGAGCGGGAGCGAAUCGACAAAGAAAUUUUGGAGGCGGAACAAGGCUACAAGGAAGAGCCGCCAUACAACGCGCAGGACGAGGAAUUGACCGCGUCCCAGAAAAUGCGAAUUUUAAAAGCCGAAAGGAAGAAGCGACAAACGCCGACAAAACAAGCGAAAAAACUGUUGCGGGACGGGAAAAAGGAGAUGUCAAAAUUUUUCGACCUGGAGAAAGACCCGGUGAAGCGGAUGGUGAACGAAAUGGGCCUGAGAAAUUUGAAACUCACCCGGGAAGAAAAAUACCAACAGCGGAAACAGGAUCGGAGGGAGAAGGAGAAGAUGUACGGGGAAAUCAGGGCGAACAUGAAGGCACUGAAUAAAGAGGCGGACUUCUUCACUGGGAUAUUCGCAAAUACCGUGAAGCAGUAUAGGGCCUUAUUUUUGAUAUAGUUUCAUUUAUUUGACAACCCGAAAAAUCAAAAUCACAUACACACUCUGUAGUUUCUGACUGUGGCCGUGCAGCGACCGGUGCACCUACCAAUAUUCUUUUGCAUCCCACGACUGGUGCUGGAAGGAAAAUUGACGUUUGUACAUGUCCUUGCAGCUUUUAACGUCCGAUCAUAUUCAUAUGCUUCCAAUCUCGCUAGAAAGCCCUUGACGAAAUUGCAAGUGAGACCAACAUAAGCACACAUAUGAACCAAAAACAGGAACAUCAUGGAUCCGGUCGCCAAAGUCGCUAAACCCUACGUCCGGAAAGCGACUCGGACCGUCGCGAAAAGCAGACUCAACAGUUUGGCGAGGAGAUACGCGGACAUUCAGAUACUAGAUGAAAAUGCGGGGAAACGGAUAUGAGAUGAGUGCACAACUUCCAUCUCGUUUCCCUUGUAGUUUAAUCAAAAGUAGGUACUUUGGCUACACAACACAUAGCAAAAUGAAGCAAUGGCUUCUGGUUCUGCAUGACGAAUGGGACUGCCGGCGUGUCUUCUGCAUAAGGAAUGUGCGCGUGCGCUCCUUUGGGCAGUUCCGACCUGAAACUGUUAAAAGGCAACUCGAUAAUGAUAUUUUUGGAGUCGGUUUUUGGCAUAAACAUUUUAGGGGUGGCGCGAAGGUGAAGUUGUGCACUCCCAUGACGCAAGCCCAAGGUUUGGAAGGGACCAUAUGGGAGGAUUAAGAGUCCGGAGCCGAACAAGAAAGGCGCGUAUGGAAACCUUCAAGAAAAGAAGAAAAGCCCGAAGAGAUGACUCGGCUGAUUGCUCACUGUCAGACUCAGAGCUGGUGCUCAUAUUAAGUGCUACUUGACGGAUGUCGUAGCGCUGACGACCGGAAUCGGCUUGUGGUCUGCGCCUGCCAUUUCUGGCUGCACGUCUGCAAGUGUGACUGUGAACAGCACCAGGACUACAAUGCCAUGCAUGAU